GAUAACCAUUUAUUCGUUGACGAUUCGAAAGAUAUCAAUUUUAUCGUAUAAAAUUAAAUGUAACAUUUAUUUAUUUAUCUGUGAAUUAAAUGUACUCAAAAUAUUUGGAAACAUAUAUAUUCGUCAGCUAUAUUGAAAACGCAGUGAUCAGCUUAAAUUUCUACUGCUACAGAAAGUGGUAGUAUGGCAAAAGAAUUCUCCCAAAUCGAGAAUUUACCCGGUGGUUCGUUUCGACAGCGGGCUGUCGUGCGUCUUGUGAAUUUUAAAGUGCCGUACUCAAGACCUGCAACUGCACCUGUAAAGAAGAAAAAGAGUUUGCGUAUAAGUCCGUGUGAUGGUAUGAUGACAAAAUAUUGGUACAACGAUUAUGUAGUCACUCAUUCAGAAAUACGACGACUAAAUGUAGAAACUAUCGAACAGGAUAUUCAUAAUGCAGAGAAACUUUUAUCAAUUACCUCUGACGCAAUCGAUAGUGCAUCUGAAGACAAUAGUUCGACUAGUUCGGUGAUAUCGUCGGAUGAAGAUGAUUCUAUACUUUCCAACACGUUUAGAUGUGUUAUGAAGGAUACUGGUUUUAGUAUGCUGUGCAACUUAGGCCCAUUUGAUGAAUGUCAAGGAAUCAAAGCCUCAGCUGUCGUUUACAAAACUGGUGUGACCGAAUAUUGGUUUUAUAGACGAGGAUUGGUUUCUACAAUUCAUUACAAAGAAUAAAGAUAUAUGAAUAUUAAAUUUAAAAUAUAAUAGAAAAAUGUGCACUAUGAAAACCUUAAUGUAAGCGA